UCAAAAUCAAAGAAUAGUUUUACAAAUGUGUAGUUUUGUUUUGCUCUGUGCAGUCUCAAAAACAUAAUAAAAUAUUGUUUUUUUAAUAAAGAAAUGGAACUUAUAGUCAAAGAGUUAGAUUUAUAUAGUGAAAAUAUAUUUCCUACAGCAACUCCUAAUGUUUUUACUGCAGUCGUUCAUAACAGUUGGUUAAAAAAGUGGUUAAAGAAUUCUGAUGUUGAUAACACUGUGAACAAUGUUGAUUUUACGUUGCACAGAGGAGAAAGUAUUCCAUAUCCUUGGCGAAAGUUAUUUAUAAAGGUAUUAAACAAGAAAGUUUCAAAGGUUCUUCCACUACAACGGUGUAAACUUCAUGAAACUGCUCCAGACAGCCCUCUCACAUUCUCACAGUUGCUCCAAUAUGUCUCGCAAAAUAACCAAAGAAAUCUGUGGAAAGAGUCAUAUAAAAAAUACUGUCAGAAUUAUGAUACAAAAGAUAGUACUAUCGUCAACCUCAUGGAGCAUGACCACCUUCUCACUGAAGUAAUUUUAAGACUGUAUGGAUGUAACAUAAUUAGAAUAAAAAAUGAUCCAACUAAACAUGAGUACAAAGAGACAAUAUCCAAUAAACAUAUAUCUAAGACAUACGAAGCCCACAGCAAUAUGCUAGCUGCUUUAUUCAUUUUAGAAACUGAUAGUAACUUCUUUGUGAUAUAUAGAGGAUACUACGAAAAUACAUUGUUGAACUGCCUUAACUUUAGUCCAAGUCUCGUGGACAAGAACUAUGCACGUGGAAUGUUUAUAAUUUAUCAACUUUUGAAUGUUGCAAAAGCUAUGAGUGAUCGAGGACUAAGCUUAGGAAUGUUAACAUUGCAAGACAUCUAUUUAUCUGAGAAUCUGUGGCUGCAAUUCUUGCCACCUAUUACUAAUAAUGUUCAUUGCUUGGAUGCUUCGCUGAUUUAUGAGCAGAAUAAAAGUAAACAGAGUACUCCAGCCUUGAACCAGACUAGUAUUGCUAAGGGAGGGGAGGAGUGGUGUUUCCGCAAUGAGGCAGUGCAACUGGAGAAACUAUGUAACCUGUGGGUGCGGGGCAGAAUUUCCAACAUGGAUUAUUUGCUGCAUCUCAACACGUUAGCCGGAAGGUCGGCAAAUGACAUGCAAGCACACUUCAUGGUGCCUUGGGUCACAGAUUUCACUUCACGAUGUGGUAAGAACUGGCGAGACCUUAGCAAAUCCAAAUACCGGCUGAACAAGGGCGACAGGCAACUGGACAUGACGUACGGCGUGAGCGCAUGCUCGGGCCAGAUCCCGCAUCACGUGUCGGACGCGCUGUCUGAUAUCACAUGCUACGUGUAUUUAGCCCGAAGGACCCCGAAAGAGGUACUCUGCAAAUACGUGCGCAACAAGUGGGUGCCAGCGGAGUACCCGGCGUCCGUGCAGCGCCUCCAGGAGUGGACGCCUGACGAGUGCAUCCCAGAGUUUUACACCGACCCCACUGUUUUCAAGAGCAUACACGAAGACCUACCCGACCUAGGAUUGCCGUCAUGGGCGACCUGCGCUGAGGACUUCAUCACGAAGCACCGGGAAGCGCUGGAGAGCGCUCACGUUUCCGAGAACCUUCACCAUUGGAUCGACAUCACAUUCGGAUAUAAGCUCUCGGGGCCGGCUUCUAUAAAGGCGAAGAACGUGUGCCUGUCUCUGGUGGACGGGCACACGCGUCUGCACUCGCGCGGCGCCGUGCAGCUACUGUGGAGCCCGCACCCCGCGCGCCACGCCCGCGCCGCGCCCCCCCUCCCCCCGCGCCUGCACUGGACCACAUCCAGAGAUACAAAGAAAUCAGCGAGGGACAGUUCCGAAGACGUGUCAGAAGAAGAGGAGUGUAGCAGCACACAGCACGUGUCGCGGCUGCCCGCGCCGCGCGUGCGCACCACGCGCAGGACCAGUUCCCGCGCUCGCUGUCUCUCUCACACACAGGGUCCAGACGAGCCUCCUUCCACGAGCGAAAUCCGCGCGUCCUCCCAUUCAAGACACUACAGGGUCCAAAGAUCAGAACUUGGCAAAGGAAUCAUCUACCUACCCAAAGAAUUCAACCCAGUUGCUUCGAUACAAACCAUGGAAUCCAUAGAUCAGUUCAGAACAAAAUCUUUUUUCACCAAAGCCGAAGACAAAGAGAAAAGUCGAGAAAAUUUUACGUCGUUGAAUCUAUAUCCCAUGCAGGAGACGAGAAAUACCGAACCGUCGACGUCGGAAAGUCGCUCCGAUGAUACUGCCUUCACCAACCACAUGUUCCUAGCGUCUUAUGAUCAAAACUACUUGAAAAAAUUCACCCAAGACAAUAUGGAGAGCGUAUUAAAAGAGAGAAUGAACAGAACAAUUAAUACGCGAUACACGACCGACGCCGCGGUAUAUAAGCAGUUCGUUACAGAGAGUCGACGGCGGGACAUGUUGGUGAUCGGGUGUCUUAUCGUGGAAAUUUUCCUACAUCAACAGAUGAGGCCUUUGAGGACCAACACCGACAAUUUUCUGGAACGAUAUAAUUGUUGCCGCACAGUGUUCAAAUACAACUUCAAUGCGCUUCCCAAAUGUGUCAGUUAUAUAGCUUCUUUACUGCUUAACGUGCAACCGCCGAGUUUGAGUCACAAAAAUGAAUUGGGUCACAAGAAGGAUGAGUCGAUUAGAAAGAUCGUGGUUACAGACAAAGGUCUGCCUCCACCUACGCCGACGCAGUUGUUACAACCAUUACUGAUGCAGCAUUUGAUUCCGUUCCCGCAGAGUUUUCACACACUAUAUAAAUUACUAAGUGCCCUUCACGAAUACGAGUUGACGAGCAACGAAUUGAGCAUACUGUACAUGUACGAGUGUGAUGGUGUUCAGUGCGAAAAAUACCAAAAUGUAGACAAAACAAAACUCCAUUUCAAUCAAAAGAUCGCCGAGGGUAAGGUCCAAGCGUGCGCCGCACAUUUGGACGUCCUACUGAACCAAAUGCGUUGUAGCAACCAGUUUGAUGUAUUAGAUAUUUUCUUAAUUCACUAUAUAGAAUUGUUAAGAAAUAAAGACACAUCAGUAUUAGCCGCUUGGUAUUUAUUCGAUACAGUAAGCAAAGCGUUGGGUCCGGCCGAGACCCGAAACAAACUCUUGGAACACAUACUGAAGCUUUAUGACGAUGACAUAAUGAUGGACAGGCUCGAUCAUAGAGUCCCUGAUUUCGAUCCAGCGACCGCGUCCAGUGGCGUCGCAAAUAAACAGAAAUUCGUCAAAUUGUAUCAUCAAAUAUUUUUGCUACAAUUAAUGGUCCGGCUCGGACUUCAGUGCUUCCUGGACAAGUUCACUCAACAUUUAGUCGAAGCUGUCGGAGGCUACAAAGACGUAGACUCUGAGGUCGGCACUCCUGGCCAUUUAUGCCACAGCAGAUCAAUUCAUAAGAAACCUAGAUACUCAGACGAUAACGUCAAAAAUGCCUUGUCGACGACUGCUGACAUAUUUUCUCCCGAUACGUCGUAUGGUUCCGAAAACAUAGCUACUCCUAAUGUAGAAAAGAGUGCAGUAGAUGCAAAUGAAAGCGGGAAGGAAAAAGAUGGCGACAAUCGUAGUGAAAACGAGGUGUUCCAUUUUGAAAGCGACAAAGAGGGAGUUACCAGUCGCAAUAGUAGGAGUAAGUCCCCCGCCGACUCUAUAAGUUCAGCUAACUCCGCCACACUAGAUGCGAUAAAGACGCCAUCUCCUUCAGCUGAUUUGUAUUCUCCUUCGAGCUCGAAAUCUUUCUUCCCGCCCAGCGGAAACCUAAACAUCAUUAUCAGCAAAGAGGAAAAUGAGUCGACGGCAGAAGCUCCAUCAAAAGGCGUCAUAUCUCCAUCAAUUGACAUACCUCACAAGCCUAUGUUUACCAGUUACUUGCAUUUUGGUGAAGAAGAAUCAGAUGCGGAGUCGAGAAAGAAGUCACAUGAGUUUAGUAAACCAUUUGAGAAUGUUCCUCGAAAUAUUUCUAUGAACGAGGAAGAAAUUAGCCAAGCGUUUGGGGACAAUAGUUAUUGUAAAAUAUCUGACAUGAGUUCGGAGAGUUUGAUAUGGCUAGCUCAUAGAUUGGGCCCUGUACUUACGUGUAGAUAUAUAACUAGGAAUCUGCUUAAAAUGUUGACUCUGUGUUACAUUGGAAAAGAGAAUUUAUCUCCGUGGGAAGGCGAUGAUAAGGACGAAUUUGAUGAGAUCGCGGUGAUUAAUAGUCGGGUAGUCGGGGACAGAAACGCGAAGAAGGUUAUAAAGUGCCUUACUGCUAUUGUUGCUAUGUACGGGUCUCAGUUGAUACUGUUCCAAUACUUGCCUCACAUGAGCGAGCUGAUAGCUUCCUGCCGCCGCCGUUUGUCGGCGCCACUGGAGGGCGGCGUGGUGGCGUGUCUGCAACUCCUCAAACACUUGGUGCCUUACAUGUCUGAUGUGGAGCUGAUGGAGCAACUUCAGGACACGAUCCCCAAGGCGAUACUGCAGCCGGCGCUGCGGCUGGCGGCCACCAUGCGCUGCGCGUACCCGAGCGGCGCGCGCGCACGCGGCGCGCUCGUGCGCAAGCUGGCGGCGGCCGCGCGCGCGCUCGCGCUGCGCGUCGGCGCCGAGAUGACGCGCCUGCAUCUCGCCGUGCCCGCUCUACAGAGAUUCUUCAUGGCCUUCGAUAAGGCCAGUGGUAAAAUCGACAAUUGGCCGAAACAAGAAGAUACCGCCGGGAAGAGUUCAGACAGCGAGCAGAAUGAUUCGAAAAAAGAGGGUAUUCUGGAGAUAUGCCGCGACGGGUCCACCGCCGAGUGGACGGUGCGCGGCGGGCGCUGCGUGCGCGCCGACCUGCCCGACCUGGCGUGCACGCCGCCCGCGCAGCCGCCCGACCCGGCCACGCUCACUGCUCAAGAGGAACUACUAAUGGUUUUCGAUGACGAAUUGGCGUAUCACAUGUAUACGACAUUCGCGAAUUUCAUCGGUGCCGAUACUAUGGAGCGGACUUUGAAUAACAACGACACGAUACAAGCGCUCUGUCGUUCUUACGAACAAAAACAUGGAAUCAGUUCGCCUCUCAACACCAGGCGUUCAGAGAAACGUGUCCAAGCCUCCUUUAGCGACGAGCCGAUUAGUCGGAAGGGCAUCGACAUCACACCCACGAAGUCCGAAGCCGUCAUGGACCAUAUAUCCAGUUCAAACAGUUUCGGUUCGAACGUCACUCUCGUCGGGAACAGAAUAGAUGUCGCCAGCGGCGCGGAGAAGGCCGAUGGUAGGGGUAUACAAGGCUUUGACGUCGUCGCGUAUAAAAUGGACAACGGGACUAAGAGUAAUCGCCACCUCCGCGGCGACUGGCUGAUCUACUGGGAGCACGAGAUCGGCCGUCCAGAGAAGGAGAACCGGUUCAAUUUGAAGCAAAUAAAGCUGCAGACGUUCGUGGGUCACACGCACGCGGUCAAGUCCAUAUACUGUUUGGACAACGAGAGCAGUUUCAUGAGCGGCUCCAAAGACAAGACCGUGAGGCUUUGGUCGCUGAGGAAUCAGGGUGACGGCAACGCAACCACGACUUGUAACUGGGCGUACACCGGCCACAAGAAGGGUGUUGUGUCUCUUUCUUUCAUUCCCGCACUGCGUCUUGCCGUCUCAACCGACUCUGUGAUCCAUAUAUGGGACCCUUUCAUGGAAAGCGUUGUGUCACAGCUGGAUCAUAUAAAGAGCCCAGUUAGCGUGGUCCGAUCAUUGGGCGGCGGUUCCGCUGCCCUGCUGGCCGCCACCACCGACACCACGCUGCGGCUACUCGACGCCAGGGCGGCGCUGCAAUCGCACGAGCUCAAGCUCCCUCAGUCGGCGACCACGUUCGUGCGCUGCGUGUGCGUGGGCGGCGGCGGGGGCGGGGGCGCGGGCGGCGCGGGGGGCGCCACGUGGGCCGCGGCGGGGCUCGCCAGCGGCCACGUGUGCGUGCUGGACCUGCGCACCGGCCUGCCCCUCGCACACUUCAAAGCCCACGACGGAGAGGUGCUGAGACUGACAGCGGUGGACGACCACCGAAUACUCAGCUCCGGCCUGGACCAGCUCACUGCGCUGUGGAGCGUUCACGACGGGGAACUCAUCGCACAUUUCAAAGGUACCACCGAGCCCGUUCACUGUUUGUCUGUCUAUUACAACGAACUUAUCUCCGGAACAACCAACAAUCGCAUCGGCGUCCACACUUCCCUGGACCAGGACGCUUCUUUCUCAAGCACCAAAUUGCGUUCAGAUACAUUUAAAGGAGUCCUAACUUGUAUGGCGGUGUUGCCAUUAAAUAGAUUACUACUAUUAGGUAGCGAUAAUGGUAGCAUUAGCUUAUUGUGCUGAUCUUAAAUCGUGAUUUUUAAUACUCAUCAUUGAAAAAUAAAGCUUGAUCUCUGUGACAUAUUACAAAAUUUUACUACAAUUGUUCCGUUUCUAGAUAAUGAACCUCCACUUGAUACGACCCUUUAAUUAUUUUAUUUUAAUCCGUUUCAAUAAACGAAUCUGAAAUGGCGUCAAGUACCUACGUGUAGCGAAAGGUCGUAGGGUUAACAAAAAAAAAAAUUUAUAUUUAGAUAAAAUAUUUUUACUAUGAGAAACAUUAAAAAAUAUUUAUAUACAUUGAAUAUAUAUUUAAAUAAAAACAAUAUGAGGCGAUAAAGAAACAGUAGUAAGUACCUAAUAAAGAAAGAAUUUGAAAAAAAGUUCAAAGAUACAAAACAAAUAACAGCAUUUUUUUUGCAUGCGGACUCACUCUGUUUUAGUAAAGACUGCAAUAGUGCGCAAGUGAGAAGUCAUGACUUUGGCCGCCAUUUUAGAUUCGUUUCUUUAUUGAAACGGGUUAUACGUAACAUUUUUUAUUAACUGCGUUUCAUAUUGUCAACACGUUGAUAAAACGAGCUACAAUUAAUAAUGAAAGGCCAGGUGUUUCUUGUUUAAAUCACGUCUCUUUUUCGGAGGUGUAGGCAGAGCCUACAUCUUUCCACUUGCCACUACGUUUUUCUUUUUAAUGAUAUAAUUUUUUUAUACGUUUAUUUUUUUGGUUGGUCAUCAUCAAUUAUUUCAUUGAAUCUGUGAUUUAAGUGUACCUAUAGUUUUAUGGUUUUUAAGGAUUUUGCUCAGUAAGCGAAUUAAUUAUAUUACAAAAAUGAUCUCGUCAAUUUUGCUCGAGUUUAGGCAAAAAUGUGUAUUAUCAAACAAUAAAGUGCAAUGGACUUCUUUAUUAUAAAGUAUUUAUUAAAACGGCAAUUUUUGAUAGUUUAUAUUCUUAAUUUUGGUAUGACCACAUCGCAAUAAUGUAACAAUAUAAGUACAAAAUAAUUGUUACCAAAGACAUUCCAAGGGUGUAAUGCAUAAUAAUAGCAAAUGUUUUGCAUAACAAAUUGUAAUAUUUUUUAUAACUUGUUUUUCUUAAUAACCUCUUAUUAUAUUUUCGUUAAUUUUUAUUUAAUGCUGAUGGCUUGCGUUAAGGAGUUUCUCAUCGUGAAUUUUUAAUAGAUUUCUUACGAUUGCAUGUAGUUAUAGCAUGUAAUAAGGCUCCAUAAUUCAAAGCGUAAAACGUUACUUUGUCUGAACAAGCCUUCAUAAAUUAUUAUUAAUUACAAACACCUUAAGCUUUACAGUGUUUUAUCAUGAAAUAACAUUAUGAUCAAGUUAGAUUUAGUUUUAUAAGAUAUUCCUGUAAAUUAACUGCUUUGUGUAUUGUAUAUUUAAUGGUUCCUACAUCGUUAUUAUGUUUGUAUAUUACGUAAAGUACCUUAUUUUUUUUAAGUUUAAGAUUGUAAGUACUUACUUGUUUAUGCGCCCGUAUGCCUAUCUACUCAAAAUUAUAUGAUGAAAAGGGCAUUUUGAAUGACUCUUCAUAAUCCAUGUAUGGCCCAGAAUACAAGAUCUCUGAGGCUUAAUACAAACUUUAUUCGGAAAAACUAAUUGCAGUUUCUGACAGUCAAUUAAAAAUGAAUGAAUCAUUCCUAUAUAAGGAGCCGGCAUUCCAAAAAAUUCUAUAGUCUAUCUAGUUAUAUAUCUAGUAUUGAGUAUUUAAAUUAUUUUAAUAAUACCUAUUUGAGUAAACCAAAAUCUCAUGAAAAUAUACAUGUAUUUUUGCAGUACAUGCAAAUUCGGUGAAAAAUUUAUUUUGAUUUUUUUUAGUUUAACGCGAUAUAAAUUUUGGGAACAAAUUAAAAAAAGGUGACCUCAAAAAUAAAAUAAAAGGAAAAAUAGAAAUUAUCUAAUAUUUCAAAUUUUUUAACAACAAAUCACUAUUAAGCCCGUAGUUUAAGCAUACCUAUUGUUACGUAAAAAUAUUGUAAAAUAAAAGAGAAUUGUUGUAAGUAUUACGAAUUACUUCAGACCGAGGGCAGAUGUCUGUCACAAAAAUUAUUCUCAAUGUCAUCAACAUUGAAAUCAAUACGUGACCUUCCCAUUCCUCGAUUGUGAUGUAAGCCGGACCCAGGGUCCACUACAAAGGGCGCAACAGUGACAAAUUCCAGGAUCUCCUAACAGUUUAGUCUGCAUGUGACUACAAACAAAUCCACAAGUAUUUUCAUGCUAUUUUGGUUGAAAUUUACAGCGCCUUGAUAUAAUCUUAGCUGUAAUAAGCAUGUUGUUGUAUAAAUGCAUGAUACGUAUUUUUUGUAAUGAAUAAAAGUAUUUUUAGAGAUUA